CGCCCUCAGGCGGGACGGGGGCGGAGGCGAAGCGCGGUGCGUGCGCUGUGUCCCGUGUCACCGUCUCGGUGUCUGUGGGUGGAGGCCUUGCCGUCGGGAUCCCGGCAUGAGCCGCGCCUGGCGGGCACUCCGCGCUUUGCGGCAGCGCCUCGUGGGGCCCACCAAGGAGCUGGUGGGCACCGACCAGUUUGGCAACAAGUACUACCGGGUGCCCAAGCACGAGAGGCGGGCAGGGCAGAUUGUACCAGAAAGAAGAUUUGUAGAAGCAGUUAAUCGUGAAGCAUAUCAGUAUCAAAUUGGUGACUUUCCUGCAGAAUGGGAAGCAUGGAUAAGAAAAAAGAGAGAAGAUCCACCCACCAUUGAGGAGAUUCUUAGCAAUGAAAAUUAUAGAGAAGAAAUGAAACAGAAAGUCAAGGAUGUAUCUGAAAAGGAUAAGCUGCUUCAGGCCAAGGAAUAUGAGGAAGGACUUGUUGCUGAACCAAGUCAUACUCAGGUCAAAGGCCACGCAUCUGCCCCUUACUAUGGAAAGAAGGAGCCCUCACAAGACCCCACAAGCACUGCUAAUACCUUCCAGCCAGGGGCCUGGAUGCCACCAGGCACUGGUAGUAGUCAAAAUAAAUAAGCAAUUUAAUGGACAGAAUACUGCUAAUGGAUAAAUAUUUUAACAGAGAACAUACACAGCUGUUAUAUACAAAAGUGCAAUAAAGUAGUAUUAAAGCA